AUGGGCGGAGUCGAAUCUAGACCCCUUCCUGUAAUUGCUGCUAUCGAUUUUGGGACUACUUUCACAGGAUAUUUGUUUUGUUUUAGAGAUGAGCCCGAUCGAACAUACGGCCCCGAGGAACACAAGAGAAAACGUGAACCCACCUGUGUUCUACUGGAUGAGAACAAAGCGUUCGUACAUUUUGGAAAACAAGCUACUGAGUUUUAUUUCAAUAAUUUAGACGAUGAUGAAAGGUCGAACUAUUAUUUCUUCCGUAAGUUCAAAAUUAGUGCAUUCGAAGAGGGGGAAGACAAAUUACCGGUGCUGAAAGACGAAGAUGGAACGCCUGUUGAUGCCAUGCACCUUUUCAAAGUUGUAUACACGCACUUUAAGGCUGACAUUUUGAAAGGCGUGAACGAGUGCAAAGUUUCUAAAGGACGCCAUUCCCCAUUUACGGAGGAUGACAUUUUGUGGGUCAUUACAAUUCCAGCAGUGUGGGGUUUUUCGAGGAGACAGUUUGUAAAGAAGGCUUUCGAAAAAGCCAACCUUAAGGUUGAUAACAUAAAGCUUGUUUUGGAGCCCGAGGCAGCGUCGAUCGAAAUACGCAAGUCCAAGAUGGUAUUGCAAAAUGAACGAUUGCAAACAUUUAAAGCAGGACAAAAAUACCUUCUAGCUGAUUUAGGAGGGGGCACUGUCGACAUAUGUGCCCACCAGGUAACGGAGGAUGGUAAUCUUGUAGAACUCUUUAAUUCAUCUGGAGGUGUCUUCGGUGGAAUUUUGGUGAACCAAGCCUUUGAAGAGUUCUUGAAAGAUAUAUUUGGGGAAGAUGUCUUAGAAUCAUACAAGACAGAAUACCCCGGAAACUUUUAUGAUCUGCAAAUGAAGUUUGAAGAAAAGAAGAUGGACAUAUCGUUUGACAAGAAAGAUUUGACUGUAGUGUUUAAAAUUGAUAUCGAGUUAAUAUCAAAAUUCCAGAAAACUGGAAAAAACAUAGUCAAUGAAAUCGAGGCAAAAUACAAAGAUAUUGCGGAAUGGAAGAACCCAAACAAACUUUUCUUAAAAGGGCCGUUGAUGAAGCGGUUCUUUGAAAGAGCGGUUACAGACAUAUGUGGACAUAUUGAUGAAGUUCUGCAAUGCAACCCAGAAAAAAACAUUGACAUAUUGUUAUUGUCUGGAGGAUUCGCCGAGUCGAAAUAUAUCCAAGGACGUAUAAGAGAGCGUUUCAAUGAAAAACAGGUGGUAGUUGUCCCAGAUCCAAAGUAUGCCGUGAUGCAAGGGGCACUGAAAAUAGGAGCAUGUUCAGCAGGCAUUAUCGAGAGAAAGUCGCCAUUCACCUAUGGGUUCUACGCAGUUGAACCUUUCGAGCAUGGGAGAGAUCCCGAAGAUAUGAGGAUUUUACGUGAAGGAGAAGAAAAGUGUGAUGGAAAGUUCCAUAAACUUGUUGCUAAAGGUGACCCGCUUAAAUGCGGGCAGAUAUUUAAGCGUGACGCAACGACUUCGUAUACUACUGACAGAGAAAGAAAUAGACCGCGAUAUACUUCUUUAUGGAGAUCAGAGAAAACAAAUCCCAGGUAUUGCAAGCUAGCGUUUGGCUGCCAUGAAAUAGCUAAAAUCACCAUAGUUCCACCGAUACAUGGAUGGCCGGGCGUUCUUCGUCAUAGGCAGCAACUGAUUGUCCAGGAGAAUGAGUUUCAGAUAAAGUUUAUUAACACUGAUACAAAUGAAGAACAGGAGAUGCAUAUUUCAUAUUUAGACUAA